AUGAAACAAUUACAUUAUAGAUUCAAUAUAAUAAUAAUUCAAAACUGUGAAAAAAAUGAAUAUACAAAAUUUGAUAGCUCAGAUCUUAUUCUUACUGGAAAAGUAGAUAACUUUACCAAUACAGAAAUAAGAAUUUCUUUACGUGAGGGAUAUUUUAAAGACAUCAAAGAUGAUGAUGUUGUUAAACAACGUUUUGAUAAGAGUAUUCUUAAUUCAUUUAAAAUACUUCGUUGCUAUAUUAUUGAUCCAAAUCCACAUAUAAAUACUAAAUUUAUUGAAGGUGUAUUAACACAAUUUGGUAAUACUAGUUUCAUUCAGAGUUUGAUUGGUAAUUUAAGAUAUCCUAAAAAUAAAAUCUUUGAAGAAAGCGAUUUAAUAUGUGAAAAAAAAUUAAAUGAACAACAAAAGAAAGCAGUUCUUAACGCACUAAAUAGUCAAAUAUCAGUUGUAUUUGGACCACCAGGAACUGGUAAAACAACACUAAUUAAAUCUAUGGUAUUAAAUUUUCUUUACUUAGAACAACAGACGCAUAGAAUUUCAGAGAUGGAUGAAAAGGUUUUUCAUUUUAAGCAUAAUGACCUUAAGAAUCCAAAAGUACUUUGUGUUGCACAAAAUAAUAAUGCAGCUAAUGCCAUCGUUAGUAAAUUACGUUAUUGCCCUAUAGGAGUUUGCCGUUUCAUUUCAUUUGAAAGGUUAGAAGAAAUGCCAUUUGAUGAACAAUGGAAAUUAUGCAUUUAUAAUAAAACAUUAGAAUAUGCUUUAAGGAAUAAAGAUAAGUUUGAAAACUAUAAAGGAAAUGAUGGUCAUACAUUUAAUUUGAUUGGUAUACUUUUAGAAUUAGAAAAAGCAGUAAAGGAUAAACAAAUAAUAAACUACUCUCGUAAAAAGAUGGGUGAUAUUGAAUAUGUUAUUAAAAAAGAAUUUAAAAAUAUUAUUGAAGACUGUAGUUGUAUUGUUGCUACACUAAGAGGUUGUAAUAAAGACGAAUUUCAUGGUAUUAAUUUUCUUUGUACUUUUAUAGAUGAAGCUAGUCAAUGUACUGAAUUUGAUUGUCUCUUUCCAGUAGUUCUUUCUCCACGAUUGGUUCUUCUUGGAGAUAUUCAACAAUUAAAACCUGUCCUUCUUUCAAAAGAAUCAAAACAGGCAGGUUUUGAUAUUACGAUGCUUGAACGAUUACUACGUUGUGAUGUUAGACAUACAUUACUAAAUGAACAAUAUCGUAUGCAUCCUGGAUUUUCCAUUCUUUCGAACACAUUAUUUUAUGGUGGUUGUAUUAUGGAUUGUACAUCUUCUGAACAAACUAAUAUCUCUAUUUUCCCAAAUAAGAAGAGACCUAUCGUAUUUAUUUGUCAUACUGGUAAAGAAAGGUAUUGUGAUGGUGGAAAAUUAUUUAAUGAUGAUGAAGCUCAAAUUUGUAAAGAAGUAUAUGAAUUGUUAUGUAAAGAAGAAAAUACAAAUCCAAAAAUUGAGUUUUUAACACCAUACAAUUCACAAAAGGGUUAUGUUAAAAAACAUUGUGGUAUAGAACGAGCAUCAACCAUAGAUUCAUUCCAAGGAAAUGAAAGUGACUAUGUUAUCUUUUCUCCAGUUCGAUCAAAUUAUAAUAAAGGAGCACAUUUUAUAGGAGACUAUCAUAGAGUAAAUGUUGCAAUUACUAGAGCAAAAAAAGGAUUGAUUAUUGUUGGAAAUUAUAAUACAUUAAGAUAUGAAAGAGUAUGGCAAUUGAUAUUUAACUUCUUAGCCAGAAAGGGUUGUUUUAUGAAUUAUGAAAAAACUAAAAAAAAUCAUUUUGUUCCCACUAGUUAUCCUAAUUUCCCAAAAGGUGAUUAUGAGAACUCUCCUUUCAUUACUAAAUACUUAGAAGAUAAUUUUGAUUAA